GUAGUUUGGGAACUAUCUAAAGAGAGAGAGGAACCCAAACUCCCCUUAAAGCGAGCGAUGGACUGUCCUGUCCCUGGAGCUUUCUGGGAUCGGGGGAAUAGAUCCUUGUGUGCUCAGAGAGGGUUGUUUUUCCUGCACUAAGCUGAACCGGGAGCAUUCCCGGAGCAGCCAGGGCAAAGCUGGGAGGCAGCGUGGAGAUUGGCUGAGCUGUGGGAUUUUCCAGCUGGAUUUACAUCUCGCCCACUGCUCCGCAUGCCUUUGUGUUUACAUCACUGGGGAGCGAUGCACACACGCACACAGAUAGCGGGAGGGCCGGGCAGAGCCUGUGCACGGCUCAGGAACGGGGCAUGGAGGCGCCUGGCCGGGCUCUGCCGCUCCAGGAUGGCCGAGGAGCAAGCUUCCCAUGACUAACAGAUGCUGGCCUAGAUUAUGAGCUCAAACAAGAACGCUCGCUACAAUCGAUUCUCCAGUGGCACAACAAUUAUCACUCCUUCAGAAAACACUAACGGGACAAGAAUGGAAACAACUUUUGGACCAGCCUACUCUGCUGUAACAACUAUCACAAAGGCUGACGGGACCAAUACUUUCAAGCAGCACCGCCGGACCCCGUCCUCCUCCAGCACACUCACCUAUUCCCCUCGGGACGAGGACGAUGGCAUGCCCCCGAUCAGCACCCCACGCCGCUCUGACUCUGCCAUCUCCGUCCGUUCAUUGCACUCCGAGUCCAACAUGUCCUUGCGCUCGACGUUCUCACUCCAUGAGGAAGAGGAGGAGCCAGAGCCCCUGGUGUUUGCUGAGCAGCCCUCUGUGAAGCUGUGCUGCCAGCUGUGCUGCAGUGUGUUUAAGGAUCCGGUCAUCACAACCUGUGGGCACACAUUUUGUAGAAGAUGUGCCUUAACAUCUGAGAAGUGCCCCGUGGACAAUGCCAAACUGACGGUGGUGGUGAACAACAUCGCGGUGGCCGAGCAGAUUGGGGAGCUGUUCAUCCACUGCAAGUACGGGUGCCGAGCCGCGGCCAGCAGCAAGCCCACCGCCUUCGAGGUGGAUCCCCGCGGCUGCCCCUUCACCAUCAAGCUGAGUGCCAGGAAAGACCAUGAGAGCAGCUGUGAUUACCGGCCCGUGCGUUGCCCCAACAACCCCAGCUGCCCUCCUCUCCUCAAAAUGAACCUGGAGGCACACCUGAAGGAGUGUGAGCACAUCAAGUGUCCCCACUCCAAGUACGGGUGCACAUUCAUAGGGAACCAAGACACUUAUGAGACCCACCUGGAGACGUGCAAGUUCGAGGGUCUGAAGGAGUUCCUGCAGCAGACAGACGAUCGCUUCCAUGAGAUGCAGGUGGCCAUGGCCCAGAAGGACCAGGAAAUCGCCUUCCUGCGCUCCAUGCUGGGGAAGCUCUCUGAGAAAAUCGACCAGCUGGAGAAGAACCUGGAGCUGAAGUUUGACGUUCUGGACGAGAACCAGAGCAAGCUGAGCGAGGACCUGAUGGAAUUCCGCAGGGACGCCUCCAUGCUGAAUGACGAGCUCUCGCACAUCAACGCUCGGCUCAACAUGGGCAUCCUCGGAUCUUAUGAUCCUCAGCAGAUCUUCAAGUGCAAGGGGACCUUUGUGGGCCACCAGGGCCCCGUGUGGUGUUUGUGUGUGUACUCCAUAGGAGACUUGCUCUUCAGUGGCUCCUCAGACAAAACCAUUAAGGUGUGGGAUACCUGUACCACAUACAAGUGCCAAAAGACCUUGGAGGGUCAUGAUGGAAUUGUACUGGCUCUCUGCAUCCAGGGGAACAAGCUGUACAGUGGCUCUGCUGACUGCACCAUCAUUGUCUGGGAUAUUCAAAACCUGCAGAAGGUGAACACGAUCCGAGCACACGACAAUCCUGUUUGCACUUUGGUCUCCUCACACAACAUGCUCUUCAGUGGCUCCCUCAAAGCCAUCAAGGUCUGGGAUAUCGUAGGUACUGAGCUCAAGCUGAAGAAGGAGCUGACAGGUCUCAAUCACUGGGUGCGAGCGCUGGUGGCUUCCCAGAACUAUCUGUACAGUGGAUCCUACCAGACCAUCAAGAUCUGGGACAUCCGCAACCUGGAGUGUGUGCACGUGCUGCAGACGUCCGGGGGCAGCGUGUACUCCAUCGCCGUCACCAACCACCACAUCGUGUGCGGCACCUACGAGAACCUCAUCCACGUCUGGGAUAUAGAGACAAAGGAGCAGGUCCGCACGCUGACGGGGCACGUGGGGACAGUCUACGCCCUCGCUGUCAUCUCCACACCGGAUCAAACCAAAGUCUUCAGCGCCUCGUACGACCGGUCACUCAGGGUGUGGAGCAUGGACAACAUGAUCUGCACCCAGACGCUGCUGCGGCACCAGGGCAGCGUCACCGCCCUCGCCGUGUCCCGCGGCCGCCUCUUCUCCGGCGCUGUGGACAGCACUGUAAAGGUCUGGACGUGCUAAUGAGAGCGUCACACUAGUCCUGCACACUGAAAGACCAAAAAUUCUCCCCUCCAUCGGCCUGUGGGUGACCACAUCCUCCGAAAUGACUGCUGCAGCUCCUCCUGCACCAACCACUGCCUGCUGCUGCCCCUGGGCCGGCCCCCCCCGCAGGGAUCCUGGCUGGCGGCUCUCCCGACGGGUCUGCCCUAUGGAUGCUCCAGACAUUCCCCCAGACCUGCCCUCGAUGAUUGGAAAAGGAGGGGAAGCAAUUCCAGUGCCAGUGCCCUCCUCUGCCUGCGCCCUCCCCAGCUGGGGACACCCCCUGGGGCCGGGGCUGGGGUGACUCUGGGCCCCGGGCCGGGCGAGCGCAGCCCUUGGCCAGUGACGGGACUGGACGGGUCAGCGUGCCCCGGUGGUGACACUGGGAGGCUGCUCCCCUGGCCAUGGUAGGACUGAGCAUUAGGGCCUGCCCUGGGUGGGCACCCGACCCCUUUCUGUCUCUAGUAUUUAAUUUUACUGCCAAGGCGCCGGGCCGAUCCAUCCAGGAAGAGGUGUUUCCUUGAGUAGCCAGGUACGAUUUUUAUGCCACAGCUAGUUCUCAAAUCAAGUUCCACAAGCCCAUCGUUCACCACCCUGUAAUAAUGGUCUCCACAUUAAAGACAAAAAGCCUCCGUUGCAUUUUUACUCACAUUUUCUACUGUUUUUAAGAUUGUAAUAUAGAUUUGAUUAUUUCUUCAUUGACAAUAAAAGCAGAAAGAGUUG